GAGGAGGGCGACAUUUGGUAUGGGCUGUUUCUGGGCCGGUGACUCACUCUUCGGGGCGACACCCGGGGUCAUACGCACCUGCGUCGGCUACGCCGGCGGACUCAAGGACAAUCCAGCCUACAGCAAUCUAGGCGACCACACCGAGGUCAUCGACAUAGAAUACGACCCUGAGGUGAUCACCUAUAAGCAACUAUUAAAUUUGUUCUGGAACAAUCACGAGUACGGUCUGACGAAAUUCGUUAAAAGACAGUACAUAUCGCUGAUUUUGUAUCAUAAUGAUGAGCAGAGGAUAUUGGCGGAAAAGUCACGUGAUUAUUUGCAACGCGAGAAGAACGAAAAAUUCAUAACGGAAAUCAGUCCAUUCAGAAAGUUUUAUCCCGCCGAGGACUACCACCAGAAGUACCGGCUGCAGCAACAUCCCUGGCUCCUGGAGAACAUCGGCCUCAAGGGCGGUAGCGAGGAUCUGCGCAACUGUCCACUGGCGGCGAAACUCAAUGGCUACCUCGUCGGCGUCGCGACCCUUGACGAGUUCGAGAGGCAGGUGCCAAGCCUCGGUCUCAGCGACAAAGUCCUACAGUACGUGAGAAAGUACGUGAUCGAAAGACAUGGCAAUGGACUCUACUGCUAGCCCUGGCGUACUGAACCGUCCGGCCUUAAUGUAAGGAAGACUU